CCGAAUUCCGUUAAUAAGCUUUCGUAAGGCCUCAAUAUUAAGAGCUCACUGUUCAGUGUGUCUUUUAGGUAGGCAACCCCAUAAAACAGAUAUAAAAAAAGGAAACUGCCCGUUCGGUUUAUAGAAACUACGCUGACUCAAAUAGAUAAAACAAGAGGAAUCCCCUGACAAUUUGCUCCUCUAUUCAUAAGCUGUCUUUUACCUACAUUUCUCUCUUCCUUCUCUCGCUUUUUUUUCGCUUGUCCAUUGCGUAAUUGCAUUUUUUGUCGCUUUCUGUGUGCUUUCCUGGGUUGAAGUGCAAGAAAAAAAAAACGAAAAACGAAGAGCGAAGAGGUAUUAAUUCACAAACCAGUCUAAUUCGAUUGAAACGUCUAUAGAAACAAUGUCACAUAGACAAGGCCAAGGUCAACAAGGCCAGCAGGGCCAGCAAGGCCAGCAGCACCAUCAUGUUCAAGGACAAGGGUUUUUCAGCCCACCUUAUCCACAGCAGAUGGAUCAACAGGCCAUGUACCAUAACCAGAUGUACUACCAACAGCAGGCAGGGUAUUACCCAAUGGGCCAGUACGCUUCACAUCCCUCUGGUCUGUACAAGCCGCAACAACAGUUCCAUCAGAGUCACUUGAACGUUACAACACCAACAGGUGAGAAAGUUGAACUGCAAAAAUUGAACCAGCACAAACCAUCUGUUGGUGGAAGCGAUUCACCUUCUACUGCCUCUGCUGCGUUGCAGUCAGCUGAAAGCUCUUCCAAAGCGGAUGAGCUCAAAAGGGCAUUCAGGGAGAAGGUUGCUGCUAGAGCAAAGGCUAAGUUGGCAGCUUCUCAGUCGAGUGAAUCUGCCAGCUCAACGCCAGCUGUUGACGCUAAGACAAAGGAGAACACAAGCAAAGAGCCUCAAAACGAGGUUAAGACUGAAACUCCGGCAAAGCCAAGUGCUCAAGAGACAAAGACUAAAGAGUUGGAAGAGAAUGAAAAAGAGGCCCAUAUCAGAGCGUUCAAGGAAUCCGUCGCUUCAAGAGCUCAAAAGGUUCAUGCCGUUGAAACUAGCGAACCAAAGGUGACUGAAAAGCCUGUGACGGAACUGGAGGAGGAGCCAAAGGAGGAACCAAAGGAGGAACCAAAGGAGGAACCAAAGGAGGAACCAAAGGAGGAACCAAAGGAGGAACCAAAGGAGGAACCAAAGGAGGAAUCCAAUGAGGAAUCAAAGGAGGAACCAAAGGAGGAACCAAAGGAGGAAUCAAAGGAGGAACCAAAGGAAGAACCAAAGGAAGAACCAAAUGAAGAACCAAAGGAAGAUGUCAAAGAAGUUGAAUCCUCUCAAGAACCUGCAGAUGAGACUGUCCACCAAUCUGAAAGAUCUUUGACCCAAGAAACCAUAGCUGAAGAAUCUGAAGAUGUGUCAGCUCCACAAGAAGACUCUUCUGAACAAGACUCUAAUACCGUCUCUGCAUUCUUGGAGAGAGUCUCAAAUGCGACUGAAAUCGAGGAUCCAUACACUUUCAAGUACUCUGAUAAAGUCACACCACCAAAGCCUGAAGCUAAGAUUGAAGGCGUAAAGUUCAGAUACGACCCUGAAUUCUUGUUACAGUUUGCCCCAGUGACCAAGUUCACCGUUGACAAGGACUUUGCUCAAAAGAUUGAAUUCAUCACCAAGGACACAUUAAAUAACAGAGGUGGCUCUGCAAAGAAUCGUGGUGGAUUCAAGUUUGGUAUGGGUUCUGGUCUCUCAGGCUCUCAAGGGUUCCCAAAGUCUUCAUCUAGAAGAAACUACGACAUGAACUCAAGAUCAAACUCUAGACAAAACUCCAAGAGAAGAGGUGCUUCGAACAGAGGUGAUCGUAAAUCUAACAGAAAUAGAGAGAGAGAACCAAGAGAGUCAGAUGUUCCAGCUGAACCUGUGAAACCAUUAGAAAAAUCAGAGAAUAGAUGGAUUCCAAAAUCCAGAGCUAAUAAGGCUACUGAGGUCAAAUACGCCCCUGAUGGUGUCACUGUGCUCCUCUCAGAGGAGGACGUUAACAGAAAGGUUAAAUCCUUGUUGAACAAGUUGACUUUGGAAUUCUUUGAUGAGAUUAGUGAUGAAAUUUUGGCAAUCGCAAACCAGUCUAAAUGGGAAGAAAAUGCAGAGACUCUGAAACAGGUCCUUAAUAUCACAUUUGACAAGGCAACAGAUGAACCACACUGGUCCGAGAUGUAUGCAUCUCUUUGUGCCAAGUUGAUGGCAUCUAUUGAUGACGAAGUUAAAGAUGAAUCUGCCCAAGACCCAAGACUUACAGGUAAAUUACUCGCAAGAAAGCUGUUACUCUCUAAAUGUCAAACCGAAUAUGAAAAGGGUUGGACUGAUAAGCUACCAACUAAUGAAGAUGGCUCCCCAUUAGAACCAGAGUUAAUGACUGACGAGUACUACAUUGCUGCAGCUGCGAAGAGAAGAGGUCUUGGUUUGGUUAGAUUCAUCGGUCAUUUAUUCGUGCUCAGACUCUUAUCUGCUGGUGUUAUCCGUUCUUGUUUGGUGAAACUAUCUGAAAACACUGUGGAUCCAACAGAUGAUACUGUUGAGAAUUUAAUUCAAUUGAUCAAGACCGUUGGUCCUACCCUUGACAGUUCACCAACUGGAAGUUCUGUUCUCACUGCAAUCUUUGAGAAGAUUAAACCUUUGGAAGAUUCAAAGAUUCCUUCGAGAUUACAGUUUGCCCUUAUGGAUCUCCGUGACCUGAGAAGGAAAAGUUGGGCCGGUUUGGAGAACAAGGGUCCUAAGACUAUUUCACAAAUUCAUGAAGAGGCUAGAAAGAAAGAGGAAGAGCAGAAAAAUGAUCGUAAGAAGCAGAAUAAAUCAGACUCAAGACAAGGUUCUUCUAGAAACUCUGGUUGGGGUAACUCUCGUGUCUCUGAAUCCGAUUUUAGAAGAGUUGGUCAGAUCAACUCCUCAUCGUCAUCUUCUAAUUUGGGCCCAAUGAACAACUUCACCAAGUCUAGAUCUUCCAGAAAGGCAACAUCCUCCACCACUAGCACAAACACAAGCAACGACACUACAACAGAACGCUCUGACUCUUCAAGACAGAACUCUCAAAGACCAGGUGCAGCAAAUAGAUUCGCUCUUUUGAAUGGUGAAGAUGACGAUGACGAUGAUUCUUCUCAUGUGGCAUCCGAAGAACCAAAGCCUGAGCCUAACACUGAGACUGCAGACGAAACAUCUGAACAAUAAGUUGUCCUAACUACUAAAAAAAGUUAUCUUUUUGACAUAUAGGUGCAUUGGAAUGUGUGUUCAUCAUAGGCACAUUAUUCCAGGGAGAAGGGAAUCUUUUUUAUUCUUCUGUUU